CGACAAGCAAACCUCACAAAGUGUGGCCUUUAUUUUCAAAAAUAAAAGCUUCAUCAGAAAAAUAAAAGAUGGGACUGGCACAGAGUAAGCGUUCGGUAAACAUAACCACAGAUCCGGCCAAGGAGGGUGUGGUCGCCGAAGGAACUGGAAAGCUGGAAAAGAUUGGAGAAGUGGAUCAGCUGAAGGCACAAGCUAAUGGUGAUACUCAACACAACGAUGGCGAAAAUGAAACGAAAGUGGAAACCGAUGCUGCCGAAAAUGAAAAGGACUCCACCACAGAAAAGUCCAACAAAGAGGGUGGCGACGGUGGCGGCGGUGGCGACACCAGUGGGGCCGCCGUAUCCCCAACCUCCGAGGGCGAAUCGGACGGUAAUAAUAAAACGCUCGAAAAUGGUAGCAACGAUGAAUCACUAAACGAUAGCAAAGCGCCAGCAACGGAUGAGGCCAACAAGAAGGCAAAGAAACCGAAGAAGAAGUGGUCCUUCCGCAGCCUGUCGUUCAGCAAAAAGGACAAGCAGAAGCCGGCCAAAAAGGAGAAGGACGAGGAACGGGUGAAUGGUGAAUGCGAGAAAGUUCCGGAGGAGCCCACUGAGGACACUGUUGCCGGUACUGCUGCAGUAGCUCAAGAAGCCGCUUCCACCACUGUUGAAGCCGGUACGAGUGAAACGAAAGUGGAAUCCGCUGUAGCCGCUGCCCCCGAAGUUUCUACUACCACCACCGCUGUAGCCGCACCCGCCGUUGAGACAGUAGCCGCUGCUGCUGCUCCUGCUCCGGCUGCUGAUGUAACUACCACUACCGCUCCCGCCGUUGACACCACCAAAGUAGAGGAACCGGCGAUCGAAGCGGUAGCUGUGGCAGCUCAAGAAACGGUUGCCGCCCCUGCCCCCGUUCCGGCGGAAGCAAAGGUGGAGCCGAAAGAGGCUGCACCGGCCGUGGUAGAAGAACCAACCGUCCCGAAGGCACAAGAAGAGAAACUGGAACCGGAAACCACUACCGCUGCUCCAGUUGAGGAGAAGGUAGUUGAGCCGGCUGUCGUUGAGGUAAACAAUUCUACUCCUAGUACUACUACUACUACCACUACCAGUAGUUCUGCUGUUGAGGUAGACAUCAAACCCGAACCGUCAGUAGAGAGCGAAGUUGCUGCUACUACUACUUCUACUACUCCUUCCAAUACUACCAAUCUCGAAAAUAGUACCACUACUACCAAUACUACUACCCCCAUCACCACCACCACCUUGACCGAUAAUGUUGUUAGCGAGUCGGAAAAGAUUGUAGAUGGUGGUGAAAGUACGCCUCCACCUCCGCUGCCCUCCAUUCCUCCACCCUCUCAGGUGAUGGUGUUCGUUGAGGCUUCACUGUCGCAGGUUGCCAAUGAGGCGGAGGAGAAUGUUCCAUCGGUGGUUUCGGUUCCGUCCGAGGGAUUGCAAUUGGACGAGGCCCAGAGCCAACCCGUCGUCGUUGCUCCCGUUGAAGAAGGUUCGCUCGAAGAAGUAGUUGCGCAGUCUGUUGAGGGUCAGGGUGCAACUGUUGAGGGGGAUGUCAGUCCACUCGAAACGCCAGCUUCCUCCACUGUUGAGGAAGCUAAGCCAGCGGAACCUGCAGUUGUUGCCCAACUGCCUUCCGAAACGCUUCCGGAAGAGCAACCAGCACCAGCCGUUGCUGUUGACGAGCCAAUUGUUGCUGCAAAGGCUGCAGAGGUAAUGGCUGCUGCACCUGUUGUUGCUGCAAACGUAUCGGAACACGCUUUGGUAACUGAUGAGAUCAAAGAGACGGCUUCGAAGGCUGUGGGAGAAAUUCUCGAACAGGCUGUUGAUAAGAUUGAAGGUGGAGAGGUUUCGCUGACCAGUGCUGCUGCUGCACCGGUAGAGCAGGAAGAAUCGGUACAGACAUCCGUUCCGGAACUCGCUGCCGCCCCGCCGUCGUCGUUGCCCGAGGUCGAUGAAAUCAGUAACAACAUUGACGAUCUGCCACCGCCUCCGCCACCACCGGCCGUUGAUGAUGAGGAAACCGUACCCGAUUCUCUGCCAUCGCCUCUGCCAACAAUUGCUGCCGCUGUCCCGGCGGCGACCGAACAGGACGCUGGUCUAGUGGGUGCGGAUGAGUUAAAGCAACAGGACACCAGCGUGCUCUCGGUAGAUAUCUCUUCUCCUCUGCCACAAAACAGUCUCGAAUCGCUUCCGUCGCCACCGACCCUGUCCCAGAGUGAUGUCAGCUUGCCACCACCACCACCACCAGAGUCUCCCACGGAAGCAGUAGCUGCCGUUUCCGAGCAGCAAGAGGCGGCCGCUCUAUCAACACCUCUACCACCUGCACCAUUAUCUGCGGGUGACGAUCCUAUCAGCUCUUCCAUCCCAUCCUCCCUUCCAGAAGCAGAAGUAGAAGUAGCAAAGCAACAGCUUGAUUCGGCGGUGGACUCCGUGGCGGCGGCGGCGGCGGCGGCGACGGUGGCGACGGAGGAAGCGUCGGUGGAAAAGCUCGAGGAGAAUGAGAAGCCUGUCGUCGCGGCCGAGGAUGCUAGUAGUAGCGAAGAAAAGAAGGUCGCAGCAGAUGCAGUAAAGAUCGAUGAUACAUUGGCGGCGGCAGCAGCAGCAGCAGCAACCACGGAGAAUGAAACGUCCCCGGUGGUCGUACCGGCAGAAGUAGAGGAAACGGUCGCGCAAAAGCAGAAUGGAACAUCGGAGCACGGAACCAGCAAUGGAACGAUCGAAAAUGGCAAAACUGAAAAUGGCACGACCGAAAACGGCACAGUCGAAAAUGGCCAGAACGGUGUACACGAAACAUCCGCCACCGAAAGUCUGAACGGAGAGGCUGAGCACAAAAAGGAGGAAAAAAUUCCAGAAAAGGCCGCUCAGCUUCAGCAAUCUCCACCGCCACCGGCAGCUCCAGAAGUAACGGCAGAGUAAAAGCAAGAUGGCUGAACAAAACGGAACAGCUUCUAUUGAUUAUUAAUUAAUUAUAAUUCUUAUUAUUAAUAAUAAUAAUUAUAAACAAA